AUGAAACAAUUUGUUAUAGAAGAGACCCCUUCUGCACACCUGCAGCAAAACAAUCCUACGUUAGAGAUAACCAGAUUUCUCCUUCGCAAGGACUUGCUGUUCUCCCGGCUUACAAGCUUUAACGACCAGGCUGAAUCCUUUCAUACAUGGAAAGCCAGCUUUAAAAACGUUAUAGACGAACUACAAGUUUCAGACUCGGAACAGAUAGACCUACUUAUUAAAUGGCUUGGACCAGAGUCCGGAAAACAUGCCAUGAGUAUAAGGGCAUCAAAUGCCAACAACCCAACAAGAGGCUUACACAGACUAUUGGAAAGACUGGACGAUCGAUAUGGUGCUCCAAUAAUGUUGCAGACGUCUCUCGUCAACAAACUUGACAACUUUCCAACACUGACAAAUAAAGACAACUCACUCUUGUACGAUUUGUCAGAUAUCAUUUCAGAAAUCGAAUAUCACAAAGAAAAUCCCAAGCUGGGAUGUUUGCUAGCUUACUUCGACUCUUCCAGGGGCGUAAAUCCUAUUGUGGAAAAACUGCCAUACGGACUCCAAGAAAAGUGGAUAACAAGGGCUUCAAGAUACAAGUCUAAAUAUGAAGUUGCAUUUCCACCCUUCACAGAAUUCUCUGACUUCAUCAGGGAAAUCAGCAAAAUAAAGAACGAUCCUGGAUUCAUUUUCGGGUCAAAAGUCACACCAAGUACAAAAGGUGCUGCGCCAAGGUUCACACCUCAGCCUGGAACAAAAAUCAACGUUCACAAGACAGCGGUCGAACACGGAUCUGGAGAGACUGCACAGCAAAACAAUCUGUGCAUAAUACACAAUACCGAACAUUCGCUAAAUGAAUGUCAUGGGUUCAGAGCUAAAACUAUAGAGGAACGCAAGGACCUAUUGAGGCAAAAUAAUCUUUGUUACAAAUGCUGUGAUUCGACUAUGCACAGAAGUCGUGAUUGCAACGUGAGUAUCAGUGGCAAUGAAUGCGGAAGUAAGCAACACACCACCGCAUUACACACAAAUCGAGUGUACCAACCCAUAGGUGCACCGCCUAGAUCAGUCGACGGCGGGGAGCAACUUGAGCUAGCUGAAACCAAGCUAACCUCUGUUAGUUCAACUUGCACAGAUAUCUCCAAAGACGGCAGUAUUAGUAAAUCUUGUGCCAAGAUACUUCCUGUGAAUGUCUUUCACAAAAAUAAUCAGGACAAAGUAAUUCGCAUGUAUGCAAUUAUUGACGACCAAAGCAAUCGGUCUCUUGUGGCUCCUGAAUUCUUCAGCCUAUUCAACGUACAGACAGAAACAAAAGACUAUUUGUUAUCCACAUGCUCUGGCAGCAAGGUUACUUCCGGUAAACGAGGAAACGGCUUUGUCGGGAAGUCCGUACAACACAAUACUAGAUUCAAUCUGCCUGAACUGAUUGAAUGCGAUAACAUUCCCAAUAAUCGGAACGAAAUUGCUACACCUGAGGAUAUAUUGCAAUAUCAACACUUGCAAGAACUACAAAAACAUAUUCUCCCAAUUGAUGAGAAAUGCAAAAUCCUAUUGCUCAUUGGAAGAGACCUUAUAGAGGCACAUCAUGUCCUCGGUCAACGUCUAGGACCACCAAAGGCUCCAUUUGCGCAAAAGUUAAACCUGGGUUGGAUUAUCGUUGGAGAAAUACGCUCCGAUAAGCAACAUAUUCACCUUGAACUCACUACAAAGGAAACAAAUCCAACUUGCAGUACAAGUGUUGUGAAACCACAUACAAAGAAAUUACCUGAGUGUAAUAAAACCAACACCCAGUCAAAUGAAAUUCAAACUGAGUCGUUUAAACAUUAUCCCCGUUUACAUGGGCAACCGAAAACGAAAUCAGCGACUCCAAUCGCCAGCUUUGCAGAAGCCGAAAAGUUCACUUCGGAAGCAACGCCACCAAAAGUGAAUGCCAACAAAGAAAAGUACAUAAGAAAACAUUCAAUUCCCAAGGAAAGCUUCAAUUCGUCUUUGAAUACGCUAGGACAAUAGGAAAGCAGCAUAGACAAUUCCAACUUAAGUCACAGAGAAAAGGAACAUGGUACUGGAUGGUCUACUGUAUGCCGUAAACGUAAAGGAAAGCGUCCGUCCCGCAAGACGUCCUCGUUUGAUCGCACAUCCGUUUUGAAAGGAGAUGUUUCCAUCAGAACUACAGCCAUGGAGUUGGAUCUUAGAUCGCCGCCAUCUCGUCGGAAACACCGCCUUAUCUAGGAUAGAAGCUGUGAAAUACCCAGCCUCCCGUAGGAAUACUUCUAAGUGAAUAUGUGUACUGUUGUUAUAUAUUUAACAUUUAUUUGUUUUCGAUAAUGGAAUAGUGAUGUCAGAUAGACCUCAGACGGGGAGUGUUCUGAAAUUAAUUCAUCAUUUAUUCUACAUGUGAUCAACAUUUUAUAAUGUUAACGUUUCAUUGCGUACAUCGCUUUAUGUGCGCCAGUUUAAGGAGUUUUAUACAGGACAGUGUAUGAAUCCAUGUUACUAUCCCCUUUCUCUGAGUGACGAUAACUGCUCAGCGGGUCGUGUGCACAACCACAAGGAACAUUCAGCGGACACGUUGUCCAAAGGAACAAUUCGUGGCUAACCACAGCUUUUUCACCAUUUGGAUUGGUAGUGAAAUAAAAGUCAGCUCCUGAUUGUUUUAUCUUUACUUAAACCCAGUCAUCUUGGUUACACAUACUGGUCCGGCCAGUACAGUUAUC